GCCGGCACGCACAGUUUUUUGUUAGGUAUAUAAAAUUAAAGAACAUUAAUUAAAAUAAAAUUGUUACAAUGCUACGUUCCAAAAGAGUGCUUCUAUUCUUCAUUAGAUCAAAGCACAGCAAGACACAUUGGUCACAAGCUCAAAAGAAGCAAUUUACCAAAGACCGCGCUUUGGAGAACUUUGACGACUUCUACGGCCAGGUUUUCGGAAAGCAAUGGAAAAGUAUCCGCGUGGCUCUGCUUACGGAACACAAGUACAUGGCCCUGGUGAAUCAGUUUGGAGACAACGAAAAGACGACGGCGUUCCUCCAGGCGGACGGGGCAAUUAAUUUGCGGGACAUUUACAAUGCCAAGAAGCAGUACCUGACGCAGGACGAUGGCAAGAUGUUCGCGAACGAUAAGAUUUUUAAGCUAGAGCAGAAGAUUGAAGCGUUUGCCGAGAGUCAGCAGAGGCAGGAAUUGGAGAAGUUGUACAAGGAGGAUGUGCCUGAUUUGGAAGAAAGGGUAAAAGCGUCAAGCGAAUCGAAUGAAGAAUUUGUUGAUUAUAAGAAAUCUUUAAAUCGGACCCUUCGGGAUGAUGCCGAGAUGGACUUUCAACGUUUGAUAGAUCCGGAAGUGGGAACGGCCGGAUUGCACGAGUUCAUUCCGGCCACUAAACUGAAAGGAAUGGAGGAUUUUGUUUCUGAGUCGGACCACUACAAGUACUACAACAAUAGUGCGGAUUUCCCCGUUUCGAUUGAAAUGGAGCACGAUUUCGAAAUACCGGAAAACUUGCAAAUAUAUUCCUAUGAACGGGGCAACGUUUCCGACUUCCGUCCGCCGCGGAGCUGCUCGACCGGAGUGCUCUCGCACUUUCUAAUGGACGGGGCUUCGGUGUUGCCGGCUUUGGCGCUGGACGUCCAACCUGGAGAUCGUUUUCUGGACGCUUGUGCUGCUCCCGGGGGCAAAUCUCUGCUGAUGCUGCAAACACUUCGGCCGGGAACUCUGGUGUGCAAUGAUCUUCAGGAGAGCCGAGUGAACAGAAUCAACAAACUGAUGAAUAGUUAUUUUUACAAUUUUCGAGAGACCAUCCAGAAGCAGCGCUGUUUCGUCACCCAGCAGGACGCUCGGGACAUCAAGGAGUACGAGAUGUACGACCGGAUUCUGGUGGACGUCCCCUGCACGACUGAUCGGCACUCGGUCAUGGAGAACGACAACAACAUCUUCAAGGCGAGCCGGGUGAAGGAACGAUUGCGGCUGCCGGAACUGCAGGCGGGCAUUUUAGCGAACUGUUUAAAACUUUUGAGGCCCGGUGGAUCGUUGGUUUACUCGACGUGCAGUUUGAGUCCGGUGCAGAACGAUGGAGUGGUGCACAUGGCCCUCAGUAACGUGUUCAACGAUACGGGGAUGACUGUGACUGUCAGGGACUUGAGCCUAGUGAUGCAACCAUUCUCGGACAUGUACAAAUUCGCCUAUCCGAAUACUUUGAAAUACGGCCAACUGGUGUUGCCAUUUCUGCCGGCAAAUUUCGGACCAAUGUAUUUCUGCAAAUUAGUACGGAAUAGUUAGUGACUUGGAAGGUAGGAGUGUAAAACUUAGGUAAAACCAUGUUUUAUACUCCUCUUUAGAUUGAAGAAAUGCGAUGAAACUU